UUGGAACAGCUCCAGUUUAAUAGGAAUGUGCCUGCAGUUCCAGAGAAUCUAUCUGUCAGAUUUCCUAGCCCUUGUCCAAUUAUAAUAGAAAAGCUGAAGCCAUCCAAGGAUCGAGGGAGUCUAGCUGCAAGUGAAGAUCCCAGCAUAAGAAGCUCUGGCAUGUUUUCAGUGAUAUCUGAAGAAAAAUUAAAAUUUGCCAUUCAGCUAGCCAAAAGGGACAUAAGACAAAGACAUUGUGAAGAGAAAGUAAAGCAGCAGGUUUUUGGAGUUGCUGCCAAUAAGCAGUUGUUGGCCAAGAGUUCCCAACAACACAAAAAUAAACUAUUCCAAAGUCUGGAGGAGAAAAAUGCAGCGAAUUCUUGGACUCCCUUGAAACGCCAGCAGAAACUUGGUCAGCCUUCCAAAGUGGAGACCAGCAGCCCUGGUGCUAAACUUUCUCUCUAUACACCGAAUGAGGGAAGGCUAAUACCAUCUGCAUUAGACUCUCCACCCACCCGUGACCCUGGACCAGGUUCUAAGAAAAAUAUCAGAAAAAAAAAUGAUGAAAAUAUACAGGAAGUUCAACGCUUGCAAAAGGAAUUGAGGAGUUGUAUCCAGAAAAUUGAAGAACUGUCUAAAAAAGCUCGGAGGUUGUAUGUUCUCCAGCAACAAGUAAAAGAAAUUCAGGAUGAUUUAGACAAAUUGAGUCCUCAUAAAGUCAAACAUACUAAAAAGUCUCGAGCAAUAUCCAGAUUGGCUGCAGCACACAGAGGAGCUAUACGAGCCUUGCAGACGUUUGCCAAUCAAUUUACUGAUCAAAGAGAACAGGUUCCUACCCACUAUAAGGAACUGGGCAGUCUCAUUCGACAACUGUCUCUCUGCUCUGCCAAACUAGAAAUGGACUCCUCUCUUUCUGACACUAUCAUAGAUAUCCUGCUACAAGUUGAGGAUCUGGAUUCAUUGCUGGAAAAGAAACAAACACCCAAAAAAGCAAAGAAAUAUCUGUCAGCAUUUCAGGGCAAAUCUCCAGGGAGCAAUAUGAUAUUUCCUGCCAGAAAGCGGCUUAGGUCUCCAAGAGGAGAAAAGAAACCUCUCGUCUUAAAGAAGCAGCUUGGACAAGAACCUAGAAAACCUUCAUCUACCAGGAGACUCUUGAUUGACAAACAUGACUUUGCUGCAAAUGUUUCAGCAAUUCCAAAGACAAACAGUCAUGUUCAUGUAUCACAGAGUGAAUUCCAAGAAGAAAAUGACCCACCAACUCCAGAGAAAAAUGCCAUUUUACAAGGAAGCUUAGAUGCAUUGUCAAGAGCUGGAGCUGUAAAAAAAGUUCCCAUGCUUGAAAAUGGCCCUUUGAGGAAGAAAGGGGCAUUGCUACCAGCAAAAUCAAAGGGAGUGCCUAAACCUGUAAAAUCAAGACAGGCACAACGUCAAGGAAAGCGUGCCCGGUUUCAAGAGACAACUGUAGCUUUCCAACUGAAAGAGACCAAACGACAGGUUAAGGAGAGCAGAAUACCCUGGGUACCUCCAAGCCCUACAUCUCCACCUGCUUCACCAAAACGUGCUGUCAAGACACCCAGGAAUGCAAGAUCUAGUGAACUCAUUGCUAACUCAGCUUCACUAUUUCAGAAUGACUUUGUUUUUGGUAGGUCACAGGGUGCUUCUCCAGUCCAGUUUGCUGACAAAGUUGAGAGCACAGUACAGGAGCACUUAGAACCUCUUUUGGACAAGGCACAGGUUGCAGCAAAUGCAGAUAGACUGAGUGAAAAACUAUUAGAUGAUCUUUUGGAAGAUACUGCUCAGGAACUCUGGAGCAUGGAGCACCAGGAGAGACUGCAGCUGCCUGCUUCGGCUGUGGCUGAGUGUCCUAGUUUGGAAGCAAUGUUGCAAAAGAUAGAAGACAUUGAAAGAUAUCAGGAAGCUGUACGUAGGAGACUUACCCAGAUUGUGUACAGUGAUUUGGAGUUCUGGGCUCAGGAAGAGAAAAAAGAACAGCAAAAUAUACCAAUAGCUAAAAGUCCUACCUCUCCACAUCCAAUUCAAAUAACUAAAUUAAUUGGACAGAAAGAGCCAGAAAUAUGCAUUAUAUCUGAAAACCCUUUUAAUGGCAAUGCUGUUGAUGAAAACAAAACAUCAGAAGAGAAAAUGCAGCCUGGAAGUGACAUUCUGCAGCCCUUGAGUCGAAGUAUGUCUCUGCAAAAUGAGUGCUACGUUUCUCUCUCUGUUCCAAAGUCUAUGUUCCAGAGCAUCUUGGAUUAUAACAAUACAUACAAGCACCACCUAAAAAUCAUCUCCCAUGAGGCAGUAGGCACUUUCAAUCCAUGGCAGAUUGCUGAGAGUCUUGCAGAAGAACUGACAGAAGAAGCUCUAUGUGAUGUGGCAGCAGAGUUGCAGAAUGUCUGUGAGGAUUAUGCAGAAGCUGUAUUCACCUCAGAGUUUUUGCAGCCAACAUAGUAAAUGCUUUUAAAUUUGCCCCAUUAGCAACUGCAAUAUCUAGCCCCAGUCUAACAAUUUUAUCAGGUGAU